AUGCCUCACACGCUUACCAUCAAGAAAAUAGACGGCAAGCCUGGCAAGGUGUAUUAUCCCCUUCAAGUCAACCAGGUUGACAAGCCAACACCUGGCCCCAACGAGCUCCUCAUCAAGCUCUCUGCCGCCGCGCUCAACCACCGUGAUCUCUUCAUCCGUCGCCAUCUCUACCCCGGCAUCUCCUUUGAGAAUCCCCUCCUCGCCGAUGGGUAUGGCACCGUCGUCGCUGCUGGGCCCGGCGCCCCCACCACUCUCCUGCACAAGCCUGUCAUCCUGACCCCCUGUCGUGGCUGGGCUACCAAUCCCGACGGACCAGAAGACCCUUCUCGCUUCUCUGUCAAUGGUGGCUCCGUCGUGACUCCGGCCGGCAUGGCGCAGGACUACAUCGUCGUCGCCGCUGACGAGGUCGAGCCAGCUCCAUCCCACCUCUCGCCGGCCGAGGGUGCCGCGCUGCCCGUCGUCGGCCUGACCGCCUGGCGCGCCUUUGUGACAAAGUCUGGCAACGCCCUCCCCGGCCGCAACAUCCUCGUCACCGGCAUCGGCGGCGGCGUGGCCCUGUCGGUACUGCAGUUCGCCGUCGCGUACGGGUGCAACGUCUACGUCACGUCGGGCGACAACACCAAGAUUGAGCGGGCAAAGAAGCUGGGGGCCGCCGGCGGCGUCAACUACAAGACGGAUAGCCGCUGGGAGAAGACUCUCGCCACACAGCUCCCCGCCGACCGCCCCUACCUGGACGCUGUCAUCGACGGGGCCGGCGGAGACCUCAUCGCCCGGUCCGUGCGGCUGUUGAAGGCCGGUGGCGUCAUCAGCCAGUACGGCAUGACGGUCGCCCCCAAGAUGGAGUGGAACAUGCAGGCCGUCCUGAAGAACAUUGACCUCAAGGGGUCUACGAUGGGCUCGCGCCUGGAGUUCAGGGACAUGAUUGCGUUUGUGGGCGAGAACAAGGUGGUCCCAGUUCCUGUUCAGAGACAUGGACGAGGGAAAACAGUUUGGAAAGCUGGUCAUUGA